CCUUCCUUCCGCCACAUCAUGUCGUCGUCACUGCCGCCUACACCGUCGCCCACAGCCCCAGCUCUGGCGUCCGCCAACGCGGGCUUCGACCACCUUUUCGCAAACGAGCUUGUAGAGGCACGCGCUGCGUUUGAGAAGGAUGAUUCCCCCUUCCACCUGUUGGGCCUUGGCGUUUGCGCGUUUCUCGAGGCGGCGCUGGGGAUGGAGAGCGGACUUAUGACGGAGGCGGCAAGGCUACUGGCCGCUAGCGAGGCUGGCGCGAAGAAAGCGAAAGAAUCUGAGGCCAAGCGAGUCCGGGAGGCGGCGAAGAGCGCAAAGCCCGGUGCCGUUGUCAGGGACGGUGGUGGGCGAUUCGCCGCGGGGGUAGAGUAUGAGAUACUCAUGGCGGAUGCGGUGGUGCUGCUUGGCCUGACUCAGGCGCUUUCGGAGUCGUACAUGGGCUAUCUGCAGUGCAUGUACUCGCUCAACGCGGCCCACUCCAAGUUUACCAAGCUAUACAAGACGGUUUUCCCCGCCGGCCUCGACGCGUAUCAUACCCCCGUUCCCAGCCGCACACCCUCCUUUACCGACCUUGCUGCGUCAACGACCACAUCGCUUUCCACGCUCAGCGUCAGCGACUCCGCAACGAGUUCCGCCAGUGCGAGUACCACGACGCUCUCCCUCUCAUCAACACCUUCGUCGUCAUCCACAGCGCCUACGCCACCCCCCACAAUUACGAAAUCGUUGUUUGGUCGCUGGGGCGGGAGCUCGUUGAGCGUUAGCAGCGCCUCCUCAUCAGUAUCAAAGGCAGAACUCGAGGAGAGGGAAAGGAUUGAGAAGUUUGAGCGUGAGCGUCCGCCCCAGGGAUCGGUGGAAGAGAUGGUCGUUGCGGGGACCGCUUUUGGCUUCGGACUAUUCAAUCUUGUGUUUUCCCUCCUCCCUAAGCGUGUCCAGUCCCUCGUUGGACUCCUCGGGUUCAAACAUGAUCGCGAGUUAGCGUUGAGGGCAUUGGCAGUCAGUGCGGGCGUGAACACGUUGGAUGGGAAGGCCACCGGAAAGGACGUACAUGGCGUGUUUGCAGGCCUUGUGCUCAUGACGUUCCAUGGCGUCGUCCUUCUACUCUCCGGCUACCAAGCCGAUGAGGCGAAAACCCUCCGUACCUACCGCGCCAUUGUCGAUUCGGUGGCGGCGCGCUACCCAACGGGCGCGCUCUGGAUUCUUAAUCGCGCCAAGAUAUUACGCAUGUCUAACGACGGCCCCGGCGCGAUUGCUGUGCUCCAGGCUGGGCUGGCCGUCGCUCCCAGCCCGGAGCCAGCCCAGCGCUUCACACAAGCGGACACGCUCCUCGUAUUUGAGCUUGCGUGGACGCUGUUGGCGCAGCGCCGCCACCAGGAAGCCGCCGACGCGUUUGUACGGCUGACGGAGCUAAAUUCGUGGUCGCACGCCACAUAUUUGUUCAUCGCAGGCGGCUGUUAUAUUAGCCUGGGCCAGCGGGAGAAGGCGCAGGAGUUCUUGGAUCGGGUUCCGGAGCUGCUGUCGAAGAAGAGGGUCGGCGGGAAAGAUUUGCCGACGGAGGUUAUGAUUCGGAAGAAGUUGGAAUUCUACAGGGAGAAGCAGAAGCGGAGGGGCGGCGACCCGGCGAAAUUCGUGGAGGCAAUCAGCAUCAGUACCGCAGACGAGCUAGCGAUAUUCUGGAACACCCACCAGCGCAUUACAGACGACGUUGCGUCGGCACACGUCAGGGAGCUCGCGGCCUUGUCACCACCGCUUGCGAUGGCUGUCGCCAGCCCUUAUCUGCCGUCUGUGGACGCGCCACACGAGGCACCGAACAGCGUAACCUUCCCUACUCCAGAAUAUUUGAACCACCAGACUGAUCCCGGUCAGGCCGCCCCCGCGCUCGACACGCCGGAUGAGUCCGCCCUGCGUGCACUCCUUGUCGGUAUCCUACACCGCACGCUGCGCGAAUACGCCGCCGCGCGGACCCUGCUCGAAGUCGCGCGGGACACGCCGGCGAAAGUCAGCACGUGGCUCCCCGGCGUGGCGAGCUUUGAGCUCGCAGUCCUCGAGCUGAAGGAGGCCGAUGCGGACGGUGCCGAUACGGCCGCGUGGGCACGGCGCAUCGGCGCGGCGGACAAGCACCUCGAUGCUGCGCAGGCGUUCGCGGGCAAGGGCGAAAUCGACCUGAGCUCCCGGCUGGACAGUCGGAUCGCGUUGUUGCGGGACGAGAUUGGGAAGAAGCGUGUGAUGUUGGGGAUGAAGUAA